CAGAGACAGCAGUCAUGAAGCUGGGACAUGUCUUUCUGUUUGUAACUUUUGCCAUCUGCAGUUACUCUGCGACUGCAUUCUUCAUCAACAGUGGGUCUCUUCCCAUCAACAAUUUACUGCCCCUGGACAUGAUCCUCUCCAUUACUGACCCACUGAAAAUGGUCUUGAAAACGCUGGGCAUCUCCGUGGAGCACUUGGUUGAAGGGCUGAAGAAAUGUGUGGACGAGCUGGGGCCUGAGGCUUCUGAAUCUGUGAAAAAACUGCUGGAGGCUUUGACCCACCUGUUGUGA